AUGCCACCACAGUUUCUAGACCUAACCGACGACAUUCUUUUGGCUGUGUUAGAAAACUCGCAAGUGAAGGAUAUAUUAUCAACUCGUCAAACAUGCAGACGGCUGAACGACCUCACUCGGGUCCGAUCUGUCUGGCUGAAUGCAUGCAACGACUUUGUACUUGACCGGGGACUACCAUUCCCUUACAAGCACUUGGAUGAUCUUGGUGUUAGCGAGCUGGAAUGGCGUACACGACGCGCGGUGUCACUCACAGAAGCAUGGGCCUCUCCGAAUUGUCGACCACGUCGAGCAAUCUCCUUCAUGGGCGGUCCAUCCAGCUGUCUACAAAGCGUGCACUUCGUACUUCGGAGAGAUCAUGAAUGGAUUAUAACUCAAUCUGAAGGCAUAUGGCCCAUGAUAACGUGUUGGGACUUGAAUCGCGUCGAGUAUGACGCUCUAAAGCAAGUCGGACGUUGGUAUUGCGAGGGCGCGAGUAUUGGACAUAUUGUCGUUGAUAAUAACAUCAUAAGCGAUGCUUCUCUUGCUGUGUCGAUAGACGAAUAUUGCGUGGAGAACCAAUACAUCAGGAUUCUGAAAAUCCGACCAAUGAAUGACAGGCAUGAUGUGUCAUUUGAGACUUUGAAAUGUAUAGACACGGAUUUUAGCCCGGUCUCACUGGAUGGCGAUAUCCUUGUCACUAGCGACGACUAUUCUAAAAUUCAUAUCCUGAACUGGCGAACGGAUGAGCAUGCAAUACUCAAAAGUACAGAGGAUCUAGACGAAGUUAUCCAACACAAUAAAUGCCUUCAAGUCCUUUUUGCACACGAAAGUAUUUUUGUAGCUCGCUCGUGUUCCGUCGAGCUCUUUCCGAAGGUCACCUGGCAUGCCGCCGGUGAUACUGCACAACCAUUGACUCCCUUACAAACAUGUUCAUUUGGAUGGAUCGACGGCAUCGCAAUGGCACCACUAUCAGUAUACAUCCCUCAGUAUCAAUAUCCACCAAUAGUGAUACUAGUACGAGCUGAACAAGGAGAUCCAUGGGAGUCAGACAUCCAUUCGAUCAAAUAUUGCAUCGUCUCUCCCGAUCCCGCCUACUUUUUACCAGGCUCUUCUAAAGACUCGGCAAUUCCAUAUUGCUUCCCUCCAGUUCUUCUCUCUACCCUAGCAGCUAAGCGCGACUUCAUGCAUUGUCCCACACUCGCUCUCGGAUCUGCCGGAACAUCAAUGUGGUUGGGCUCGAGUAUCGGACGAGGCGGAGCGCAAGUAUUACGAUCGAUGAUAUGGCAAGGCCCGAUUGCAGAUCUGAUGAAACCAGAAGAAGUCCGUUCUAGAAACUUGUUAUCGAGUAUCGAGAGUGGAGGUGCGACGUGGAAUUUGAUGGAUUACGUCGAACAUCGAGGAUGCAUUGCGCUUGGGGCAGUAGAUGGUUCUGUAAAGGUGUUGUACAUGGUAGACUGA